CGUGGGAAGGAAGCGGAAGAGGGACCCACGUGGGGGCGGGGAGGGCGGAGCGGCCGAGUUUCCGCGUCUCCCGGCGGGGGAGGGCGGCGAGGGAGGCAGCGCCCGGACGCCUGGGUUUCCCGGACGCCUGGGUCCCUUCUCCGGACGCGGCGUCUUCGGGCGCAAUGUCCGCUUCCUUGGACCUGAAGUCGAAGGAGGAGAAGGACGCCGAGCUGGACAAGCGGAUCGAGGCCCUGCGGCGCAAGAACCAGGCGCUCAUCAAGCGCUACCAGGAGAUAGAAGAAGACCGAAAGAAGGCUGAGCAGGAGGGCAUUGCCGUGACGGGGGUCCAUCAUUGCCACCCCCGCUCUGCAGAGGGGGAGGGCCCAGAACGCCGGCGGGGGGAGCUGGACACCCCCACCCUGACGGUGCAGGUCUUGCUGUCCCCAGAGGAGAAGCGCCUGGUCAGCAGCGACAGGAAGCCCUUCCGCCCCGGCCCAGGCACCCCCCGGGGCUCCGUCCGAGGCACCCCCUACCCAGGCCCCCGCUCCCCACGAGCUGAGGGACCCCCGGAGCAGCCCCGAUGGGAAGGGGCCGGCCCGGACGGCCCAGGGGCCAGCAGGCGAGGGGGAGGGCGAGGGGCCCGCGGACAGAGGGCGAGGGGCCGGGGGGCCCCCGCUGGCGACGCCGGGCCUGACCGGAGAUCCAAGGAGUGGGAAGAGCGUCGCCGGCAAAACAUUGAGAAGAUGAAUGAGGAGAUGGAAAAGAUUGCGGAGUACGAACGCAGCCAGCGGCAGGACGGUGCCCAGGAGAAGAAUCCCAUCCGGAACUUCCUGGACGACCCGCGGCGCAGCGGCGCCUUUGCCGAGACGGACCGGCGGGAGGGCAGCCGGCGCCACGUCCGCAACUGGGGGGGCGCCGACUUUGAGAAGGUCAAGACGGGCAUGGAGCAGGGCAAGCAGUGGUCGCCCCCGGGUCGCGGUGGCGCCCGGCGCCGGGGGGUUCCGGUUGCGUCCCCCAUGGACAUGACGCUCUCCAUGACGGGCCGGGAGCGCGCAGAGUACGUCCGGUGGAAGCAGGAGCGGGAGCAGAUUGACCAGGAGCGCCUGGCCAGGCACCGCCAGCCCACGGGGGAGUGGCGCCGCGAGUGGGACGCCCAGAAGAUGGAGGCCGCGUUUAAAGAGGGUGCCAAGCCCAGCGGUCCAAGCGGCGGAAGGCAUGAUGAGCCCAGGCGGCCCCCCAAGCCCCCCACUUUCGGGCAGUUCCUGGCCGAGCCGCAGCCGGAGCGACGCAGGAAGGGCCGUGGCCGCGGAGGAGGGGGCAGGCGAGGAGGAGGGGGAGCAGGACCCCCCAAGCCCUACAGCAUGCAUGACGAUCGCUGGGAGGAGCAGGAGGAGCAGCCGGCGCCGGCGGCGGAUCGAGCCCCGGAGCAGCAGGAGGCAGGCAGGGCUGCCGCCCAGCAGGCGGGGGCCCCCGCCUCCCCCAGCGCCGGGGAGAAGGAGGAAGAGGAGGAGGAAGACCAGUGGGAGGACGUCAGCGAGGGAGAGGAGGAGGAGGCCCAAGGCAGCGGCAGCCAGCCGGAGGAGGAGGAGGAGGAGGAAGGGCCUGCCUUGGCCCCCCGGCCCCCGGGGCGAAACGGACAGCUGUCUCUGACCAUGCCUGCCCCCCAGGCAGAGACCCCCAGCGCAGAGGGGAAGCCACUCACCCCCUUCUCGCCAGCCGAGGGCUACUGCCCCGUCUCCGACUGGGGAGAGGAGAUGGAGCUGAGCUCGCCCCGGGCAAACCCCCUCAAGAACCCCCUGGCCGCCCCUGGGGAGGCGCCGCCCCCCACGGCAGGGAUGAAGCCCCCAGACCCUCCAGCUGAGCAGGGCUCCCCUCAAGCAGAAGGGGCGGCCCCUCCUGGCCCCAUAGCGGCCCCCCCGGCUGUGGCGAGAGAGGAGAAGGAAGAGGAGGAGGACCCCCAAGUCGUGGCUGCCCAGGAGCCUGGAGAGCCAGGCGCUGCCAUGGAGCAGGACCCGGCGGCUGCGUCCGGCGCGGUGGAGAUCACUGGUUUCCAGCGGGAGCAGACGGAGGAGGCCUGAGGUCCAGGAGGACAUUCCCUGUCGCUCUGCUCACCCCGGGUUGUGGGGCAAGUCCUGAGAGUUCGGAGCCAGAGCAGCUUCCUCCAUGGAGGGGGUGGGAUCU